GAGGGGAGUGGUUUAGCCGGGGCCCUAGCUAACGUUACUAGGAUGCUUUUUAAACAAAUAACCACGGUGAUAAAUGGUGUUUAAAUAACAAGAAGAAGAACUGCAAAAUUGUAGCAGUAAUACUUGGUCAUUACUAAUAAUACUACUAAUACUACUAAGUAUAAUCAGCUAGUACAACCACUAGCUAGCAACUAAUUCACUGCAACUGCAAGGAUGCUCACAUAAAUGCUAGCUAUACCUGCUGGGAGAGAAACAGGACAGCGGGAGACUGAAGUUUGAUCUUGAAUUUGCGAAAAUGGACAGGAAGCAUGAAGAAAAGGGAGGAGGGCCUAGUCCGGACUAGGACUUGUGACUUGCAUUCAUUGUUAUGCGACACCACAGACUAAAAGGCUGCGCGGCUAAAAGAGAGUGAAUGUGAGGCUUGUUUGUUGUGUGCAGCAGGGUCAGACAUAAUCAACUGAGGGUUACUUGUAUGCUUGGGUGCAUGUGUGUUUGUGUAUGUCUGUGAAGGUGCAGCACUUUGACAGCGGCAUAAGCCCAGUAAAACACAGCAGUGUGUCUCUCUCUCCCACAAGACUUAGAACAUCACAAGUCUGCCGAUCAUAUGAUGGUGCUUUAAAGAGCCUGGAGGGGAUCUGUGAAUGGCACCAUUGGAGUUUGUUACAUUCUUCAGGCUUUAACAUUUACGGGAUCUUACAAAAUGAUCAACCUUGAUACGGCAGAGGAAGACAUUUUAUAGAGACACGACAUUUACAGUUACAGCAUCUUUCACCCAAACCAGAAACGCCCCAACUGCGGAGCUGACUGAGAUACGAGCUAAUGGAGGAGGAAAACGCGUGCUCCUCUCUGCCAGAUGUUUCAGAUUCAGUGUUUCAGGAGCCUCAACAAAACUCAUGGACCUCCAUCGACCAUCGGUACGUCAAUGGAGAGCAGGAGAUUGUCGUGUGGGGUGAAGCAGAGGAAGAGAUAAACCAGACACACAAGACAGAUCAACUGAAUCUCUCCCCGAAAGAAGAACGAGAGGCUUCUGAGGAGGCAGAGGAGUGGGAGCAUGUAAUAUGGCCGAUGCAACCCAUGCCCUGCAACAGUCCUCCACUUUCUUUCGCCACAGUGCAGUGGGACAUGCCAGAUCUUUCCCCAGAGAGACCUUCACUCAUGACUGACAGCAGCUCGGCCAAUGAGCCGGACUCUGGUGCCGUGACGACUGGAGACACAACUUCCCCAUCUGAAGGCGUUAACUCUGAGCUCCUCACACAGGGGGACAGAGGGGAAGAAGAGGAGUUUAAUUCACGGCUCCUGAAUGCAAAUGUAGAGUGGACAGGAAACAUCUCAGAGCCACGUGAAGCUUCAGAUGUGCCAGAGCCACCGACACAGGAAAGCGAAGGUUCACCACAUGAGCAGGCAGACAGUAACAACGGAAUCUUACUGGGGACGGACUCAGAUGAAGAGGAGGCACAUUCCGCAGCGUCAGAUCCCGUUAACUCGGUGGACUUACUCGAUAUCCUUAGAGAAAUUGACAACUCCGAAGAUGAAUCAGACAAUUUUGUAAAUUUGAAACUAGAAGAGCAGGAGGAGCCUGCUGUUUCGCUGACUCGGCAGCAAGACUCUGAGGAAGAGCAACCUUCAUCCAAUGGUGUUGAGAACGUGGAAGAAGGCAAGGGGGAAGAUAAGGAGCAGAUAAACGUGCUAUGCGGGGAGGAAAGUGAAGAAGUGGUAGCUGUCAGCUGUCUGCUUGAUGCGGAGCUUCUUGCAGAGCCACAAGAAGCUGCUGAUUCUGGACCAACCGUAAAUCCAGAUAAGAUAAUUGAUCUGUUGCAGUCAGAGCUCUUGGAAGAAAGGCGGCACUCAGAGACUGAUGAGGACAUAGAUAUAGAGGAACCGUUACAUGAAGACCCCAUAGUUCGGACUGAAGAGCCAGAAAUGUGCGAAGGUGUAAAUCAGGACUCUGAACAGUCACAGGCUGCGGACGAAAACGAAGGAGCGUCAAGUCUGGCUACAGAUCAUACAGAGAGCGUAGAAAAAACGUCAGAGAUUGUGGAGAAAGUUGAGGAGACAAGUUCUUUAGAUCAAGGUGAUUGUGACCAAGUAAGAUCACAAGACGUAGUGCUUUCCUCCGAGCCUGCAGUCACUGAGACAGAGCAGCUUGGGAUGACUGAAGAGCCAGAGCAGAUUCAGGCAGAAGUGUCUAAAGACUCUGACCAGUUAGUACAGUCACAACAUCUGGAACCAGAGAUGACAGGAAUGUUAACUCAACCUGAAAUUGCAGAGCUGCCAGAGGACUCCACUCAGUCAGAGCCGACAGUUUGUGUUGAUGCUGGACACCCCGGAGAGACGGAGCGGCGAGAACAGACGGAGCCAUCGGAGCAGAAUGAGCAGACCCUGCAAACGAGCGACUUGUCUCGACCGGCGCUCUCCGAGCAGGCUGUGUGGCCGGAGACAGAUGAGUCAGAAACAGCAGAGCAGCUGUCUCCCGACACCAAGGUCGCGCAGCAGACAGAGGAGGCCGAGUUCAAUCAGGUGGACAAACAGGCUGAGACGCCACAUCAGGGUGACCAAGAUGGUGGUGCUAAUGGAGAGACACAAACUCCUGUGACUGCAGUGCCUCAUAUGAACGGAGACGAGGUGAACAGAGAGAUGGCCUGCCGCCUCGCUCUGCGGCUGUUCAAGCUGGAAGAUGUCCAACGUGCAGACGUGGUGAAGCACUUAGACAAAGAUAAUGACUUCAGUCGUGCUGUCGGGGAGGAAUACCUCAAACUCUUUGACUUCACCGGGCAGACUCUCGAUCAUGCCCUAAGAUCUUUCCUGAAAGUGGUGGUGCUGAUCGGAGAAACGCAGGAGAGAGAGCGCGUGCUGCAGCAUUUCGCCUGCCGCUUCACCCAGUGCAACCCCGACACCUUUACCUCCUCAGAGUCUGUGUUGGCUCUCACAUGUGCUUUAAUGCUUCUCAACACUGACUUGCACGGGCAGAAUGUAGGAAAAUGCAUGUCCUCGUCUAAAUUUGUGUCUAACCUGGAUGGGAUGAAUGAAGGAGAGAACUUCAGCAAGGAUCUCUUAAAGAGUCUUUACAAUUCAAUAAAGAGUGAGCCGCUGGAGUGGGCGAUUGAUGAAGAGGAGUUGAAGAACUCUGUGUUGUACGACGAUGACACCGGAGUAGAUGCGCCGCUGCGUUCAGAAGCCAACCCCUUCCAGGACGUUCCUCACGACAAAACGGCCUCUGUGGCCAAACAGGGAUUCCUCCAGAGGAAGCUGCACGCCGACAUAGACGGCAAACGCACUCCAUGGGGGAAGAGAGGCUGGAAGACUUUCUACGGAGUGCUGAAGGGAAUGGUCCUUUACCUACAGAAGGAUGAUUACAGGAAGGAUCAGCCGACUAGCGAGGAGGUGGUGGUGAGUGUGCAUCACUCUCUGGCCGAGCAGGCGGCCGACUACACCAAGAAACCUUACGUCUUCCGCCUGCAGACGGCUGACUGGAGGAUUUUCCUCUUCCAGGCCUCAUCCAAAGUGGAGAUGUAUUCGUGGAUCAGCCGUAUCAACCUGGUUUCGGCCCUCCACUCCUCGCCCCCGUUCCCCGCCGCCGUCGGCUCUCAGAGGAAGUUCUUCCGACCGGUCCUCCCCUGCUCACAGUCCGCACUCACCCUGGACCGUCAGCUGCAGUCUUAUGCAGGAAUGCUGGUAUCCUUUAAGUCUGACUUGUCGUACCUGCAUGAAAACCUGCCAGAGGGCAGAAAAGCCAAAGCAAAGGAGCUGGAGGAGCAUCGUGUCAGGGAGGAGUACCUGCAGCAUGAGAUGUGUCGCUAUGAGAUCUACAUCCAGUGCCUGGAGGCAUGGAAGGCAGGGAAUAAGACCUGCACCAGUGUGUUGAGCAUCGCAGACCUGAAGCAGUUUGAUAAAGCCAUGUUUGCAGACUCUGUGGGGGAGGAGGAGGAAGGCAGGCUGAUAAAGUCCCACUCCAGCCCCUCUCUGGACCUCGAGAUGGCUCCUCCGACGGUGAUCAAAGUCAGACGCAACAUCUCAGAAAGACGGACUUACCGCAGGACCAUUGUUCCCCGAUGGAAUAAAGAGACCUAAGAGGUAUUUUUAUGACCAGUAAAAAGGAAAGCAGAUUUAAAAAAACGUUGCUGGUGGGACUUCAGUCUUUUAUUUUGUGGAUAUCUGCCUCAGGAGGUUUUUUUCUGCACUUUUACAAAAAUAAACCUCAGGGAAUCCCAAACCCUCAAUCUCUCUCAGGAUACAAAGCGGGAACCUGACUGAUUAGCUGAGUACCUCAAAAUGUCUGGACAUAAUUUAUUUAGCUGUUUGUCUUAAAUCUGUUUUUUUAAUAGAACUCAAAAUGGUACCAAUAUGCUUUCAUUUGUGUUUUGUUUUUGUUUUUUUUCCUUAAAAUGUCAACCACUAGAGGUUGCUGUAGUACAACAAAACUGUGAGUGAAUGCGGGACAGGAUGUUUUUAAAAAAAGAAUCCAUUGCACUUUUAUGGUUUUAAUAUGUGUAUUAUUUGUGGAUGGUACUCUUACAUAUUGUUUUUAAAUGAAGGGUUUAUUUCCAAAAUGUGAUGUAUUUUUUUCUUUUAGGUAAAAAUAAAAUGUUACUUCUA